AUGACUGAUCAGAACGCGACCAGCGGAAGCCGCUGUGCCCGAUACAAAGUCGGCACGGAGAGACUCGAGAGAUGGCUCGUCACUACAACAAACAGCUGUACAGACGUCACGGCCCUCGUAGAGGUGCUCAGCGCAGGCAAUGCCAACGAGCAAGUUAUCGCUGGAACAGUCCCCCUGCGGUCUGAUGAGUACGUGCCGGUAGCGGAAGCCAUUGCCAAAGCCGUGGAAGACGAAGAGUACAACAUUGUCGUUCCGGGCCAUGUUCUUCGCAACCUCAGGACAGUCAUUCGCCUGCGCAAAGAAGAACACCACAUACACGCCGCGAUAUCGAUGCGAGUGUACCAGGCCCUUUCAGACAACGAUAAGAGCCACAAGCACUUCAUCGAAGUUCUGGAAAGUGUGCAAUUGAUCUUGAAAGGCGCCUACGACCUCGCUACGACGCGGGCGGCCGACUUCUCGACCGUCGAGACCGAUGCGCAAUCCGGUCCAAGACGGGGUGGCACAGUCAACCGCGUGGAUCUGUCAAGCGCAUCUUUCAAGCCGAGCAACAAGGCCGCAGAGCCCGAGCAUACUCUCUGGAGCCAUCUACAGGAGCUUCACGACGUCAAAGUGUCGAUACAAGAGACUCUGGAGCAAUGGCGUCGCGGCGAAAUCACCACCACCUUCGCGCUGAAGAGCACUGACGCCGCGUUCGAAUUGGUGAAGUGCCAUGAUGAUGUCUUCCGCAUUCUUCAUCCUAAGAUCGAUACUCACAGCAAACUUCUACAGUUGUUUGGCCUGCAGUUGAAGGAUAUCCCGGGAGUGCCUCUGGUCUACGUCGUCAACAAGAUCAGCGCCGGCAUCGACUCGAGUGAAUCCCCCAUUCCAGCCACCGUCCUCGAGCUUCUCUGCCCAACUGGUGCCAUGGUCAUUGAUGUCUUCCAAGAAACUUUGUCGCGGUACAAAGCCAACAAAAGGGACUACGAGCAGAGAGCCUUGCGCGAGAUCAAGCCUCCAUCGGCUCGCGAGAAAGGCUGGCGUGAGUGCCAUAGAUUUGUGAAGUUGCUCCAAGACAACGUCGCCGCCCUCGAACACCACGCGUCAGACAGCUCGAUCAGCAACAAGGACAGGUUUGUGGAAAGCCUUGUGACCGACCAUGACCGAUUGUGGCUCAGCUUCGCGGUUGAGCUUUACCUCGAGGUGGUCGACACUCUCGGACAAAGCACAAGUAACCUUUCGGAAAUGCUCGAGAACCGGCUCAGAAGACUUUCCAAUGAGUUAAGUAGGCAUAAAUCCUUGGUUGCGGAGAGCGGCGACAAGGAAUUGGCUGAGAAAUCAGCUGCUAAUGUCGACUGCUGGGUGGCACACAUCUCCCACGCCGUCCGCAUCCUUCGAGUCAAAACCCCAGCGUUCAAUGGUGGUGACUUUUCUUCUCCCCUGUAUAAACAGCAGAGGCAAACGGUCAAAGCUCACGAGAAUGGCCUGGUGCACGCUACAGCAAGCUUCCUCCCCGUUCAAGUGGGCGCAGCGGCGUACGACAUGGAUAGACGUACCAUGGAUGUGGCGUGUGUGAACGCAAAUUCGGCUGCUCACUUCCACACCGUGAGCUACCUUUACAAGGUUGGCCUAAGAACUGGACUUGUCAAGAUCAUUUGCGAGGAUCUUGAGAUCCUCGCGUCUUCAUACGCUCGAGAUGGUCAAGGGAUGCCAGCGUACGGACCACGGUACCCUCUCAGGAGUUUUGCAGCUGGUCUCAAGGCUGACUUGGGCAUCAACUUGUACAACUUCUCCAAUGCAAAGCCCGGCGAAACUUUCACAUUCGAUGUAAACGGAAAGGGAAGACCGUUUCUGGGCUCGGAAAUGGCUCGAAGACUGAUCGAUCUGGAAGAGCGCAAUCGGAAUGACACCAUCGACACUACGAGCGGCAAGAGGCUGCAGAUCGUUCUUGACGGUCUUCUUGCUGAAAGAACGCAGCGCGAUUCAGGCACACGAACAUCAGAACGCCAGGAAUAUAGACCCGUAGAGCUUCUUGCAGAGUUCAAAGACCAGUUCGCCCGAGAAGAGACUUUCUUGGCCAUGGACCUGAGGGCCUUCCUGAGCCAGUGUGAUGGCUUUUUCAAAUGCAUGAUGGACCAGAUUGAUCCCGCGUCGACUCAAAGCAGCGUAUCAAUCGCUCUUGAUGUUAUGGAGGCUAUCGUGCAGUUUGCUGAUGACCCUGUGCAAUGGGAUAACAACCGGUAUGCGCCAUUCAGCCCCAUCAUGGACUCGUACAUCGAACAGGCCGGUGACAAGUACAGCAAGUUGGCACGCGACGCGAUGGCUUCAGAACGCCUUCAAGGUCCAGGGCUGCACGAUAUCAGUGGGCAUCUGCAGGCGCAGCGCAAUCAGGACACCGCGAAGUUCAACCUCAGCGGAACGAGCAUCUCCAGAGUCGGCACGUUGGUGGCUCUCUACCAUCCAAGGGCCACGUUGGAAGAUCUGGAUAAAGCGAGACUGCACCCAGCGCCUCCUGGUUGCGUGAGUUUACCGGGCUACAUGAUGCAGCCUGAGGUGGACAGCAAAGAGCGCCAAGUCAAGGAGAGCCUGGAGCAGAUGAGCAUCCCUUUAUGUAUCAGGAGCAUCGAAAACGUCCAGAGCGCAGAACGCACGCGAGGGAACCAAGACCUCGACGAACGCAGAGACUCGAUGGAACCCAAGAAAGCCACGAGUAGCUGCAACGUGACUAUGCGAUGCAACGGCCCAGCCACCGCCGACAGUGCGCAGAGAGAGGACGCUGUGAAAGCGCAGAACGAAGACGGACAUGGCGAGGAGGGCCCGAGCGGUGAGAAGCUCACUGCAAAGGCUAGGAAGAAGAGGAGGGACAGGGAAAACAGGAAGAAGAGGAGGGCGCUCACCGCGGAGGGAGUGGUGGUUUGGAAAUCCUUCUGA